AUGGGGAAUUGCGUGAUGAGCAGCAGCCGAGUCACGGCCGAAGAAGAGAUCGAGAAGGGCCCCAUAAGAGAACCAUCGGAAGUGGCGAAGAAGGAGAAGAAGAGAGUGACGUUCCAGGAGGAUGAUCGUGUUCAGGACGGCCACAAGGACGGGCGUAAUGAGCCGAUCGUGAGGAUAAGGGUGGUGGUGACGAAGGAAGAGCUGAAGCAACUCCUGAGCGACUCGGGGCGGAGCGAGGAGCUGUUGGUCAGGGCAUUGAGGUUGAGGAGUAUAUCUAGGAGCAUUGUUGUGUCAUCGGGUGGGACAAGGGACGAGUGGAGGCCUGCCUUAGAGAGCAUCCCGGAGGACCGUUAA